CAUCCAUUCAGAAAGAAAAAACAUUGAAAAGAAAAUCAGUUCUCAAUUCUCUGGAUAACUGUGAAUAAUUGCCGCUUCUCAAUUUAUUUUUAUUUUGUGAAUAAAAUUCUUGGACUUUUAAGAUUCAUUCAUAUAAUCUAUCGGCGUGACCAUCUCUAUUGGAUUCGAUACUCAGGGUAUACAAUUUUAUACGCACAAUGCAAGCCGCCGGAAGUGAUAAGGAUAAAAAAAAUAAACCAAACCAAUUAGUCAAAUUUGUGCACAGGCCAAUAAGCUGCAGAUGGAAAAAGUUCGGUGAUAUUAAUAAAAUUGGCGAUAUUAAACAUAUGAAAAAAACCUCACUGGAAGACGAUAUAAGGGAUUACGUUACCGGAAAUAAGGCAACCAAUGUGAAAUUGUUGAUUGGCGACCGAACGUACGAAUGCAAUUUAUCAAUAUUAUUUAACUAUUGUGCUGGCCUAAAGUCGAAAAUGACGCCAGGCUUGAUAUUUCGAAUUCCCGAAACAAAAGUAUCAGCAAAUGUUUUUGAAUUGAUCUAUUUGUGGAUGACAAACGAAUACGUCUAUUGUCGGUCAAACGUAUUAGUCGAUAUGCUUAUCGCCGCCGAGUAUAUGAAAGUGUAUGGCCUAAUAUUGUCUCUGUUCAAUUGCUUUAGUCAGAAUAAGCAUUUUUCGGAAUUGAAUGCCUUUAAAUGUUAUAUGUUGGCCUAUGAAAAAGGUGUUGAUCCUCUGAUGUAUUUGAUGAUGGAUCGCAUUUCCGUUUGUUUUCUAAUCAUAAUAUCAACAUUGGAAUAUCGUAGAUUUCAAAUCGAUCAAGUGUGUGAGUUACUAUCAUCAAAUUAUAUUGGUGUACAAUCAGAGAUCGAGGUGUUCUAUGCUGCUCUAAUGUGGCUUUUUUGGGACUAUAGAAACCGUCAUAAAUAUAUCAAGCUACUAUUCCGUGUCAUCAGAUUCAAGUUACUACCAUCAACUUUUAUUUUAGAUUGGGCUGAACGCUUGCAUGAGUUGCCCAAAGAAUUGGCCAACGAAUUAUGCCCAAUUCUUUACGGUACCAUGGUCUUUCAUCAAGAGGUUUAUCUCGAUUGUUUUGGCUCUGAUGAUUUUGAUAUGCUACCAAAUGAACGUAACUGGAUUCGUGAUAACGAGUGUCCAUAUCUUGAUCUAUUGGAUAAGCAUCUUGCCUAUGAAAUGAAUCUUCAUCAGUUCUCCACUUAUUUAAGGAUGAUAAUAAGAGAUAAACGUGGUUUCCUGAGCCGCAUUGUGCCUGUGGAUUACAGAGGCUGGUAGUGCAUUUAUUGACUGCACUCUUGAUGGUUAUUUUUGUUGCAUUCUCUCUUCUAUUAACCUAAAUAGAAUAAAACAUAGCAAACAUUUGUUCUGCACUUUCUCUUUCAUUGUUGAUACAACUUGUUUACACUGUUUAAAAACUAUUAAAAUUGGUAAACCAUGUUAGCCCA